AUGAAGGUGCUCCCCGCGUCUGGCCUUGCUGUGCUCCUCGUCACGGCUCUGAAGUUCUCCACCGCAGCCCCCUCCCCACCUGCAGCCACCCCCAGGACCUCAAGAAACAACUACCACCUGGCACAGGCCUAUCUUGACAAGUAUUACACCAGGAAGGGAGGCCACCAGCUCGGUGAGAUGGCCGCGCGAGGAGCCAGUUCCCUGGUCAAGAAGAUCAAGGAGCUGCAAGCCUUCUUCGGCCUCCGAGUCACGGGCAAGUUGGACCGGUCCACGAUGGACGUGAUCAAGAGGCCCCGCUGCGGAGUUCCCGACGUGGCAAACUACCGCCUCUUCCCAGGUGAACCCAAGUGGAAAAAAAAUACUUUGACCUACAGGAUAUCCAAGUACACACCAUCCAUGGCGGCCGCUGACGUGGACAAGGCAGUGGAGAUGGCCUUGCAGGCCUGGGGCAGCGCUGUCCCCCUAACCUUCGUCAGGGUGACUUCGGGAGAAGCGGACAUCAUGAUAUCUUUCGAAAGCGGAGACCACGGGGACUCCUAUCCGUUCGAUGGGCCUCGAGGGACCCUAGCCCAUGCAUUUGCACCUGGAGAAGGUCUGGGAGGGGACACGCAUUUCGACAAUGCCGAGAAGUGGACUAUGGGAAUGAAUGGUUUCAACUUAUUCACCGUAGCUGCUCACGAAUUUGGCCAUGCACUGGGCCUGGCGCAUUCCACAGACCCAUCGGCACUGAUGUACCCGACCUAUAAGUACCAGCAUCCCUACGGAUUCCACCUGCCCAAGGACGAUGUGAAAGGGAUCCAGGCACUGUACGGACCCCGGAAAACAUUCCCGGGAAAGCCCACCGUGCCGCACGCCCCACCUCAAAGUCCAUCCACCCCCGACCUCUGUGACUCCAGCUCGUCCUUUGAUGCCGUGACGAUGCUUGGGAAGGAGCUCCUGUUCUUCAGGGACCGGAUUUUCUGGCGUCGUCAGGUGCACAUGAUGGCAGGGAUCCGGCCCAGCACCAUUACCAGCUCCUUCCCCCAGCUUAUGUCCAACGUGGACGCAGCUUACGAAGUGGCCGAGAGGGGCACCGCCUACUUCUUCAAAGGCCCCCACUACUGGGUAACAAGAGGGUUCCAGAUGCAAGGUCCUCCUCGCACUAUUUAUGACUUUGGCUUCCCAAGGUAUGUACAGCGAAUAGAUGCUGCCGUCUACCUCAAGGAUGUGCAGAAGACCCUUUUCUUUGUCGGAGACGAAUACUACAGCUAUGACGAACGAAAAGGGAAAAUGGAAAAAGACUACCCAAAGAAUACUGAAGAGGAAUUUUCAGGAGUUAAUGGCCAGAUAGAUGCUGCUGUGGAAUUAAAUGGCUACAUUUACUUCUUUUCAGGACCCAAAGCGUACAAGUAUGACACAGAGAAGGAAGAUGUGGUCAGUGUGCUGAAAUCUAGCUCCUGGAUUGGCUGCUAG